AUUUCUUACCAACCAAUUCUGCCACUGACCAGCGCACCGACAGCUCACUUUCACCUGCCCAGCUCUUUUUCAAGCAUCAAAAUCUUCGAUCACGCCCGUAAAUCCAUAAAAAACCACGGCAAUUUUCAUAUAAUCAGGAUUCAAGUUCAACAAUUCGUUUCAGCUUCUUCCGAGUUGGUAACUUCAGAUCGAGGUUUUGGGUUUUAGCUCCUAGCAAGUAGCAACCCAUUUGCGUCAGUUCAUCUUCAUAAAUUGCAUUCCUAUUUGAAGUUGGGAGGUUCAAAUGAAGAAGAAUCACAUUCCCUACUAUCCAGAUCGGAAAUGGCUGAUGCCAUUGGGGUUAUUUUGUUUGCUCUUUCUGAUAUUCCUUCUAAUUGUCACUUCCGAGUAUCCUAAAUCUACUUCCGACGCUGAUUUUUCUCAUAGCGCAACGAGAUUCGUACUAGAACCCAAUGGGAAUGAAAUGCUAGGGCUAGGGCUUCCGCCAUUGCCGAGAUUUGCGUAUUUGAUAUCAGGAACCAAGGGAGAUGGUGGAUCGAUGAGGCGGCUUCUUCAGGCGGCAUAUCACCCGAGGAACUAUUAUCUGCUACAUCUCGAUCUUGAAGCUUCAGACUCCGAGAGACUCGAACUUGCGAAAUAUGUGAAAUCGGAGAGUGUAUUUAGAGAGUUCAGGAAUGUGAUGGUUGUGGGAAAGGCCAAUUUGAUCACUGAUAAAGGUCCAACUAUGAUUGCUUCUACUCUUCAGGCGGUUGCCAUAUUACUGAAGCGUGCUAAGGAUUGGGAUUGGUUCAUUAAUCUCAGCGCCUCUGAUUAUCCUCUGCUCCCGCAAGACGAUCUUUUGCAUGUAUUCUCCUUCUUGCCAAGGGAUUUGAACUUUGUUGAGCACUCAAGUAAUCUUGGUUGGAAAGAGGACUUGGGAGCAAAGACUAUAAUAAUAGAUCCUGCCUUGUAUCAUACAAAGAAAUCUGGAGUGUUUUGGGCAAAAGAGAGAAGGUCGAUACCAUCAUCAUUCAAGUUGUUUACUGGAUCUUCAUGGGUGGUUCUCACAAAACCAUUUUUGGAAUUCUGCAUAUGGGGAUGGGACAAUCUCCCUCGCACUCUCCUCAUGUACUACACCAAUUUCUUAUCUUCUCCAGAGGGUUACUUCCACACCAUCAUCUGCAACCACAAGGACUACCAAAACACUACUGUAAACCAAGAUUUGCAUUAUAUGAAGUGGGACAAUCCUCCAAACCAACACCCGAUUAAUCUAACAUCUGAACAUUUCAUUGACAUGGUCCAAAGCGGUCUCCCUUUUGCUCGAAGUUUUGCUGAGAGUAGUUCAGUACUUAACAGAAUAGACGAGGAACUUUUAAAGAGGUCAAAGGGACAGUUCACACCGGGUGGCUGGUGCGUGAAGAACUCGGCCUCGGAGAAGGGUUCUUGUGUGGCGUAUGGCAGUCCCCAUGCUGUUAAACCAACCAGCAGCUCAAAGAGGCUGGAAAAGCUUCUGAUGAAGCUUCUUGAUCAUGAGAACUUCAGACCCAGACAAUGUAGAUAAUCUGGCAAAGGUAUAAAUCUUCCCACUGUAUGAAUUCUUUAGUUUUGAUCCCAUUUGUUUCGUCCUGAGCCAUAGCUUAAUAGGGCAGAACGCUUCCUCUGUACAGAAAAGCAUGAAUUGAAAUUAUACCAUAGAAUGCUAAGCGUUUUAUAUUUAUAUCAUUCUCAUUGAUAAAUGAUAUGAUCCAAAAUAUUUUGGGACUUUCUUGUUUGGUUCAGAUUAAAUUUAUUGUCUUAGAUUCAUGUAUUUUUUGUUUGAUAGAUCUAUUUCUAGAAACAAUAUUUGAAUUGUAUAUGAACGAUGUAAUCUAAAAAGUGAAGUUUAAUUAGAUUCUAAACUUGCUCAGA